AUGGGAGCGCAGAGGAAUCAUGGGUUUAUAGUCGAGUUGGUGGAUGUGUUGAUGGGGUAUAAUGCGCCGGGGAUUGACGGCGCAGGAGAACGGGAGAAGGAUAGAGGAAGAGGAGAAUUAAGUUUGAUGGGGAAAUUGGAAAAAGGAGAGAAGUUGAGAAUGGGUAAGAGAGAAUCUUUUGGGGAGGUGUGGGAUGCGUAUCAUAGGAGGAUUGAAGAGGGUGUGUUGGAUGCGGGUAUUAAUGCGUCUGUAAGAAUGGGUGAUAAAGUAGAGAAAGGGGAUCGAGAGGAAUUGGGAUUACUGGAUAGUGUGGGAUGGAGAGUUAAUGUGUUGCGAAAGGGAGAAGGUGCUGGGAGGGGAUUUUUCGGUGAGUUGUUGAAUUCCGUUUAUCUUCCUUCCUGUGGUGAACAGGUAUAUCUCCAAUAUUCAGCGGAGAGUACUAGUCUUUGA